UUAUUACCCUGGAAAGGUCAAUAAAUAUGGCAUGCAGAAAGGUUGACAGAGCGAUAGCCAGGAAAAUAAUUGAUAGUAUCGAUAACUUUCUGUUCGAUUGUGAUGGGGUUUUAUGGGAAGCAAGCAAAGAAAUACCCGGUAGUGCUGAUACUGUUGCUGCUCUAAGGAAGUUGGGAAAGAAGAUAUUUUACAUUACAAAUAACAGUGGUAAAACCAGAAGCCAAUAUGUGCAAAAAUGUAAAAGUUUAGGGUUCCAUGCUGCUGAGGAGGAUGUAAUAUGUACCGGUCAUGCUGCUGCUCAAUAUAUCAAAGCUCAGAAUCUACAAGGUAAAGUCUACUGUGUUGGUAAUGCGUCCAUGGGAGUGGAGUUAGAUAGCUUUGGUAUCAAACAUUUUGGAAUAGGGCCUGAUGAAGUUCCAGGAACUUUUGAACAAAUUGGAAUUCCACAACACAUUACCCUUGAUCCAGAGGUGAGCUGUGUGCUUGUUGGAUUUGAUCCACAUAUAAAUUACAUGAAGAUGACAAAAGCCGCUAGCUAUAUAAGAAAGAAUGGAACAUUGUUUGUAGCCACAAAUGAGGACACACAUUUACCGUUAGCUGGAGAUCUAGUUGUACCUGGUACUGGUGCUGUAGUAGGUGCCAUUAAAAUACCUGCAAGAAAGGAACCAGUUGUGGUGGGAAAACCAAACUCUGUCAUGUUUGAUCUUCUGAAAAAAGAACAUAACCUUGACCCUGCAAGAUGUAUGAUGGUAGGAGAUAGAAGUGAUACUGAUAUACAUAUGGCCAAUCUAUGUGGUAUGGACUCGUUAAUGGUGUUCAGUGGUGAUAUUACCUUUGAAAGAUUACAGGAUCUCCAGAAUUCAGCUGAUACAGAAGACAAGAAACUUAACAUACCUAAAUACUAUUGUGAUAAAUUAGGUGAUCUAGGAAAUUUUAUACAACAGUUUAUAUAGGAUUCAUAGGUUUUACAAUAAUUUUAUUAUUUAUAUUGUUCAGACCAACAAAAACCACAAGUACUGAAUGUUCAUUAUAAUCUAAACUAACCUUUAAAUUACUGUAAACUGGUUUAUUUUUGCAGAAUUUGAAUUUAGCAAUUUCUACAGUCAAACUGGUUUGUAAGGCUUUUUUAACCUGUUUUCUUGUCUGUGAACCCUUUAAGAUCAUAACUGUGCAAGGGGAUAUUUUUGUGAUUUUACCUUGCUCAAUGAGCUGUAAUAAACCACAUAUGAAAAUUUCCCAAACAUCUAUAAUAUUAAGUCUUUCAGUCAAUUUUCAGAUAAUAUCCAAUGCAAUCAAUCCAAUGCUGUUCCUCUGUGGUCAAUCAAGACUUGUUUAAUCAAUUUUCAGAGCUUUCAGUAUAUAUUUGAUUUUCUAUACCACUGCUAUAGAAGGAAUAUUUAAUUGCAUGAAAAGUGGCUGAACAGAUUUGAUUGAAUACAAGCUAAAUGUCUUAACACUACUGAGUUUUCCACAAGUAGAAUAUUAAAAUAAUACCUUAAAUCUUAACAAGAGUUGAUAUUUUUUAUGUUCAGACAUUUCAAAUGAUGUUCAGAAAGAAAUAGACAGUUUAAACAAAUGAAAGUAUGACUGUUUGGAGAUUCAGUCUAUCAAACAAGGAAAUGUUUUCUUAUUUUCCAGAAUCUUUUUACAUUGAUAAAAGAACAGAGUUCCAAUGUCCCCUUCGUUGCACAUAUUUUAUCUAUCCAAGGUAUAUGGGCAAUUACUAAAAAAUCUUUUUUUUGUUCUUUAAAAUUUUUUAUAAAUAUCUUAGAGAAAUGAAGGCUUCAGAGCAAAUGCAAUGCGAUUUCCGUUAUAAUUAAUAUUUCUAAGAAUUGUACACUUGAGAGCGCUAACAAUACAAUUUUCCAUAUAAUCAAUAUUUCCAAGGGACAUAACUCUUUUAAAAAUAAUUGAUCAGCACUGAUUUUCGAAUUUGUCCGAGACAUUGAUGAUAUAAACCUAUAAUAUAAGUUUCAUAAAAUUUUGGCAAGAAUUGUACACAUGAGAGCACUAACAAUGCAGUUUUCCAUAUAAUUAAUAUUUCCAAGGGCAUAACUCUUUUAAAAAUAAUUGAUCGGCACUGAUUUUGGAACUCGUCCAAGACAUUGCUGAUAUAAACCUAUGAUAUCAGUUAAAUAAAAAUCUGGCAAGAAUUGUACAAAUGAGAGUGCUAAGGAUGCAAUUUUCAAUAUAAUUUAUGUUUCCAAGGGGCACAACUCUUUUUAAAAAUAAUUGAUUGGCACUGAUUUUCAAACUUGUCCAAGACAUUGCUGAUAUAUUAGGGGAAUUUGAUAAUUUUGGUUUUGAUUUUUCUGACAGACUUUAAUGCUAUAAAAUCAAAAACAUCAGGUUUGUCAACAGAAAUGGGAUGCAAAAUUGAUGAAAUAUGUUAUAUUAUUUCUGUCUUAUUUUAACCUCUACUUUAAUUCUAAAAUGUAUUUAUGAGUUACAAAAUAAUAAUUUAUAUCUGGAUAAUUUACAAGUUUAUUAACCCAAAUUUUGAAUAUAUCUUGAUGUGGAGUUAUGUGCCUUCUGGAUCUCAGCAAAUUAAAUAUUCAUAUUAUUAAUACAUAUAGUACAAGUAUAUAAUGUUUUACAGUAUAUUAUGAUUUGUUACAUAUUUUUUCAAUAAAUAUAGAUAUCCUUUA